AUUGUAUUGAAAAUGUUGAGUACCCUGACUGUGAUAAUUAACAAUUAAUUGGUGACAUAUAUGUUGGCAGAUGGAGAUGUGGUAAUGGCAUCGAUGGUUUGUGUCUAUUCUAAGCCACAAACCGAUAGAAGUGUUAGAUCUGUCACAACAACUUCGGGCACAGAAUCUGUGAAUCCAAUUGACUCUGAGCUCUUCGACACGAACUCGACGGUGGUGACGGAGACGUGUCCGACGGAACACCACUCGUGUUACACAUUAUGGCAAUACAAUCCAAUUGAUCCGACAAACGCUAGUCUCUACACUAUUCUGGCCAAAGGUUGUUGGGAUACAUCGCCCGACAUGUCGUGUCAAAGGGAACAGUGCUAUUCGUCAGUGAAGCCCACGGGGGCUCUAAAUAAUACUCGAUUCUGCUGCUGUUAUGGCCCUCUUUGCAACGCCAACAUAUCGGCCCAACAUUAUCUCAAUUCAUACCAACCUUUACAAUCGUUGCCCAGACAUACAAAUGAGAAAUUAGAGAGUUUCCAAAAUGAGGAGAAUAUGUCCAACAAAGCAGUUUUGAUGGCAUGUAUGGCAGCUCUCGUUAGUGUUCUUCUAAUAGGGUUGGGAUUUACGAUCUGCUGCCGAGCCCUCAGCUCUUCAGUAAUGGCCGCCAACACUAAACACAAGAACUCCGAUUCGCUUCACUUAUUGGAAUCCAAUUCCUCGUCCACUCAAAGCUCUUCUCUUUUAUGUGAUUUAGAAAAUUUGAAAUUAAUUGAAGAAAUAGGUCGCGGAAGGUAUGGCUCCGUCUGGAAGGGUAUACUCGACGACAAGACGGUAGCCGUGAAGAAGUUUGGGCCACAACAUAGAGACUACUAUUUGAAUGAAAAGGAUAUUUAUUUAUUAUCGUUUAUGGAAUUCAGUCAUAGUUUGCCCCGACUUUUGGGGUUUCAAGAAAUCUGCAGCGAUGGUCGACCCGAGUAUCACUUAGUCUUGAGUUAUGCGCCGUUGGGUUGCCUUCAGGACUACUUACGUAAUAAUACGAUCGAUUGGUUGACGUUAUGUAAAAUGAUUCAAACGGUAACUCAAGGGUUGGCUUAUUUGCACUCUGAGGUGAACAAAGGGGACAGACGCAAGCCGUGUGUCGCUCACCGGGACCUCAGCUCAAGAAAUAUAUUAAUAAAAGCGGACAACACUUGUAUGAUAUGUGACUUCCAGUUCGCAAUCCGUAUCUCUGGCUCCGAAUACUACUCGUGUGGCGAACGCUUCGACUCGCAGACGGCAUCCCUCAACGACGUCGGGACCCUGAGGUAUAUGGCCCCAGAAAUACUGGAGGGCGCGGUGAAUCUGCGUGAUUGCGAGUCCGCUAUGAAACAGAUUGAUGUCUACGCUCUGGGUUUGGUGUUGUGGGAGAGCGCCAGUCGUUGCUCUGAUUUGUAUCAGGGAAUAGAAGUCCCGAACUAUAAGCAGCCCUUCGAGAAAGAGUUGGGACUUCACCCGACGUUCGAACAAAUGCAGGUAAUGGUGACCAGACAUAAGGCCAGACCUCUGUUUCCCGACAUCUGGAAGGACAGCAAUCCGGCCAUACGUUCCCUGAAGGAGACAAUAGAGGACUGUUGGGAUCACGACGCAGACGCCCGACUCACCGCUCUCUGCGUUGAGGAGAGACUCUUUGAAUUACCCCUUCUCUGGGAUCGCUAUAAGAGUGGAACCAUUACUAACUGUGUGGCCGCUAUAUAUUCUUCGAGGUCCACGCAAUCUGUCAACUCUAACAAUAACCGGAAGAAUGGGUUUCGUAUUCACAGCGCAAAUAAUAAUUACCACAACAUUAUUGGUGGCAAUUCUGGUGCCCUUCCUCUCGAGCAUAACGAUAAGCUGACGAAUGAGUUGCAGACAAGUCUUCUCAUCAAUCGACUCGAGUAUCCAAACCAUAACACGAUUCAUAAUAAUCACAACAAUAAUAAUAUAAAUAAUAAUUCAAAUAUAAAUGAUGUGAACGAAGACUCGUUGUCGCCGUCGUCUGACUUCGAGAAGAACAUCAUAUCUGCGGCCAAUGCGUUCAAAAAUCAGCCAAAACUCACACUUCCUUUACAACCACAUCAGGGAAGGAAUCCAUGUCUUGAAAGGAAUCUAAUGCUUCAGUCAUCAGAUGAUAACACAUCAGCCCUUUUAGAGCAUGGAUUCAAGUUUCAGAUGAAUCACUCGAAUAGCGACCCAUUGUUUGCCGAUGUAUUCAAUGAGAGUAACACUAAUAAUGAGAGCAACGACUUGCUGUCCAACGAUCUCUUGAACCGAACCAUUCACGACAACACCAGAAAUGUAUCGCGAAGACCGCCUAACGGUUUGCCUCCCAUUCCCUACGUUCAGAAUGCUGUGGGCAGUAAUGCGAUCCCAAAGCAACACAACGUCGCCUCAAACGGACAGUCGGUUCACUUAAAGAAGACAAACGAGACAUUGAAUGUCAAGACGAAGAGUGAAUCGAGUUUUUCAAAGUUAUUCAAUUGGUCUAACAUUAAAGCACUGAAAGUGUGGCCAAACAUUAGGAUAUUGACGCAGAGGAGUGGAAACAGCGACAAGUGUCUGGUCGGCGAGAGGGAGCCCUUCACUCGCAAUAACAGCGCUUUGAGCGCACCCUUGGCUGUCAAGAUAGAGGACUCACUAAACAUAAGACCUGUUUCUAAUAGUUUGAUCUCACAUUCGCUCUCAAACCAGAUAUCGGACACCGAAGUCAGUGCUUCGACUCAGCCUAAAGUCACACAAAUAGAUUUGGUUAACGGCUCUCCCCUUAUAAAUGUUAUUACAAACGAUAAAUCAAACCAUAAAGUGAUUUCAAAUCAGUUCAAUGUUUUGAUCGAAAGGCCAUCAAAUUUAGAGCGAAUUAAUGGCUUUAAUAGUGCGACCACUGAAUCGUGUGAUUGUUCGGAGACCAACUUCAAAGAAUCUUCCGUUAAAUGCGAUUCCUCUUGAGUUGAGAGACAAACACCACAUCUGUAAUAAUGAUUGCAUUCAUACACGCAUUCAUCAUCGCCUCUACCGUUCACUCAUUUGCUGUGACUUUCGUUAUUCAAUAGUUUUAUAAAAACUAACGAAUCUUUUGCGGUUAUUAUUAUUAUUAUAUUAUAAUUAUGAUUAAUUUAAACUCUAAGUCAUAUACUCUCUUGUAUUCAAUGCAAAGCAAUUCAUUCUCAGUUGAAAAAUUUUAAUUAAUUUUACGGU